CUAAUAUUAACCGAUAACAUGCCCAUUCUUUUCUUUUGAGUAUAUAUACACACCACAUUCACAUUGGAGUUUAACACAAGACCAAUUAACUUGAACGCAGUUUUGAGUACUCUCUGAGUUUCACAAAUCAUUAACAUUUCUCUUCAUUCCAGUCCCAACAUUCCGAAAUGGGUUCUCGCUUUUUUAGUCACUUGAUCAUACUUUUUAUUUCUUUCUUGGUUUUUGCUGAUUAUUCAGCAUUAGCAAAGCAUCAAGGAGCCACUAGACACUACAAGUUUGACAUCAAAAUGCAAAAUGUGACAAGACUCUGCCAAACGAAGAGCAUUGUGACUGUGAAUGGCCAAUUUCCAGGGCCACAAAUCACUGCAAGGGAAGGUGAUAGAGUGGUUGUUAAGGUGGUGAACCAUGUUCAGUAUAACAUCAGCAUUCAUUGGCAUGGAGUGAGGCAACUGAGAAGUGGAUGGGCAGAUGGACCAGCUUAUGUGACACAAUGUCCAAUUCAAACAGGUCAAAGCUAUGUGUACAACUUCACCAUUGUUGGUCAAAGAGGAACUCUGUUCUGGCAUGCUCACAUUUCAUGGCUCCGAGUCACGCUCUAUGGACCAAUCGUCAUCCUUCCCAAGAAAGGCGUUCCAUAUCCAUUUCCCCAACCUUACAAAGAAGUUCCCAUAAUUCUCGGAGAAUGGUGGAAGACAGAUACAGAAACUCUAAUUACCCAAGCACUUCAAACAGGGUUAGCUCCAAAUGUAUCUGAUGCCUUCACAGUUAAUGGUCUUCCGGGACCUUUUUACAAUUGCUCUGCCAAAGAUACCUUCAAAUUGAAGGUGAAGCCCGGAACAACAUAUCUCCUGAGGCUAAUCAAUGCCGCACUCAAUGAUGAGCUGUUUUUCAGCAUCGCCGGCCACCAUUUCACCGUCGUCGAAGCCGAUGCCGUUUACACAAAACCAUUCCAGACUAAUACGGUUCUGAUUACACCAGGACAAACCACAAAUGUGCUUCUCAGAACAAGGCAUCAUUUCCCUAAUGCCAGCUUCCUUAUUGCUGCUAGGCCUUACGCCACCGGUCCAGCUGCAUUUGACAACACAACCACUUCAGGAAUCCUAGAAUAUCACCAACCAUCAUCAUCAACCCACAAAAAAGGAGUUAAAUUUCCAUUGUUGAAGCCAUCAUUACCAAUUUUCAAUGAUACUUCAUUUGCAGCAAACUUCAGUAGAAAAAUCAGGAGCUUAGCCAGCCCGAAAUUCCCAGCAAAUGUGCCUAAGAAAAUCGACAGGAAAUUCUUCUUCACCGUUGGACUUGGAAUCAUGUCCUGUUCAAAGAAUCAGAAUUGCCAAGGACCGAAUAACACUAGAGUGGCUGCUGCGGUAAACAAUGUGUCAUUUGUUCAGCCAAAUAUAGCCCUUUUACAGGCUCAUUUCUUUAACAAAACCAAAGGAGUUUAUACAACUGAUUUUCCGGCUAACCCGCCGAUCAAGUUUAAUUACACCGGCCCCCCGCCGAGCAACAUCAUGGUCAGCAGUGGUACCAAAGUUGUGGUUCUUCCUUUCAAUACCAGUGUUGAAUUAGUCAUGCAAGAUACGAGCAUCCUUGGCGCAGAAAGUCACCCGCUUCAUCUCCACGGUUUCAACUUCUUCGUUGUUGGUCAAGGAUUCGGAAACUUUGAUCCGAAAAAUGAUCCGGGGAAAUUUAAUCUUGUUGAUCCGGCAGAAAGGAACACUGUUGGAGUUCCUGCGGGUGGAUGGGUUGCAAUCCGAUUUCUGGCAGAUAAUCCAGGUAUAUAUCCUCUACAUUUAGUCUCGUUUUCAGUACUAGAAUGAGAAUAGAAACUGAACAAUCAUUUUUAGAUACUCGCCAUAUUAUAACUGUUUUCUAAUAAAAUUUUAGGGGCUUGGUUCAUGCAUUGUCAUCUUGAGGUUCACACAAGUUGGGGAUUGAAAAUGGCGUGGAUUGUUCAGGAUGGGAAAGGUCGUAAACAGAAGCUACCUCCUCCACCCAAGGAUCUUCCAAAAUGUUGAUCCCCGACUCCCUUUUUUUUCUUUUUAAUUUUUUUUUUUUCACUUUCUCAAUUUUGUAUUAUGUUCAAGUCAAAAUUGCUUUCGCUUUUUCACGAUUUUGUAAUUGUAUGUACCGUUCCAACUUUGGUACUACAUCCGAAAUGGAUAUAUGUAUAGACUGGUUGGAAAAUUCUGGGAAGAGAUACAUAAAAUAGAGAUUAGUGGCUAAAGCCAUUACUUUAGGCCUGUUUUAGCAAUUUUUUUUUCACGAAUAUUUGUAGCUGAAAAUGUAUACCACAAAGGUAUAAUUGAAGUUCGUUCCUUAAUUUCCAUCUCUUCUAAUUAGGUGUACGUGAAGUUAUGAACCAUGUUUCAAUGUAAAGGGUGAAUUAAAAGGG